CUGUGCUAUAGAUGAUCAGCACCACUAGAUGGUAUGUAUUUCUCACGUGCUCUAAGAAGGAAACAAAAGAAUUGUGCGUGCCUCCGUAGCCUACGAGCGCGCGGAAGUAGUAGCACUACUGUCUGAGCGUGACAUAAGCUUGUGAGUAGCUGCAACUGAGGUGGAAUAGGGGCUCCACAAUUUAGAGUAGUACCAGCAGAGCUGCUCUCAGAUCAGGCUGCAUUUGUCACAAGAGAAGAGCUGAGACAGACGCUGUGAAGUAAGGAAACUCCUAACAAGACCAUGCGAAAAAUGCAAGGUGGCGGGGAAGCAUUUUCUAAAUCUCAUUCACGCGACUGUGCAUAACGCAGAACGACUGCUGUUGAAAUAAACAGGUGAAUAGCUGCAGUUAACAAUAAAUGUGAAUAAAUGGGGGGAAAAAAACAGGACGGCCUAUGCGUGAAUAGGACUUUUUCUAAACCACGGUGAUAGGACCGUUAUUUUUCGUCAGAUGCCAAAUGGUUAAAUUAGGGGCGUCUCCUCCCUAUCCAGACGCUGACGGCUGCAGGUGACCGUUGACUCUGCAGAGACUGGGCAUUUACACGAGGAUUCCUCACAACCGGGCUGGCCUUCAUCCGGUGCGCCUGUGUACACCCUUUUAAACUGCAGCGUUUUAUUUGUCGUUGUGAGGGCCAGCGCACGGGAAACGUUAAAUGACUUGAAAUUACUUUUUUUUUUUUCGUUGCAAAGGCAAGUGCGCAAGCGCGUGCAGCACAAUACGGGCUCACAGCGUUCGCGGACGAUUUUCACGGACUUUCCCUUUCGCAUCCCUUUCGGGAGUGAUCGCAAAAGGUGGGACAGUAACCCCUCCGCAGCCGCGAAGAGGAAAACCCGGUGUCUCAUCUUCGUGCAGUCGUCCGCCGCGGUGCGCCAUGGCCUGGCCGUGCAUCACCAGGGCUUGCUGCAUCAACCGCUUCUGGAGCGAGCUGGACAAAGCGGACAUCGCCGUGCCUUUGGUGUUCACCAGGUACUCGGAUGUGGCCGAGGUACAACAAAUUCACCCGCAGCCCAAGUCGUCGCUACAUCCACAGCGGCGAGGCCCAGUCACCAUAGAAACCCAGCCCGCCCAGGAGGACCCUGCCAAGGUGUCUCGCGCAGCUGAUGCCGCAGCAUCCCCGCGCGACGGGUCGAGCGCCUCUGUGAUGCGCCAGGAUUUCAAAGCCUGGAGGAUUCGUCCCGAACCGAGCUGCAAGCCCAAAAACGAGUAUCACCCGUCCGAGGCUCCGUUCAACAACGAGACGCAGUAUCAGAAAGAUUACAAAGCGUGGCCGAUUCCGAGAAAGGGCGACCACCCAUGGAUCCCCAAAGCCAGCCCCCCUGCGUCGGGUAUGAAGGCCGAGAGCGCGGGCGCAGAGCAGGAGCCGGCCAAAGCUGCCGAUGAGACGGGCGUGGAGAAAUGUGAAAUAGAAGAGAAGGUGCGAGAGAAAGAAACCAAGGAGAAGAAAAAGAAAGCGCCAAAGAAAGAGAAGACGCCCGGAACUGUGGGCUCCAGCACCGAGAAGCGUGAACCGACAGCGGAGGCUCCAGGAAGAUCGGUGGCGGAUGCGCUGAACAUGCAGAUUAAGCAAGAGGUGACCUCUGGAAGCUUAUAUAGGACGGAGUUCAAGGCUUACACUGAUGUCCCACCAGUGAAACCCAUCAAGGCAAAAUGGCAGUACAAGCCACCGGUGGCGGAGAAGGCUAGCCUGGAGACCAGCUACAGCGCCACCUACAGGGGGGAGCAGUCCAAACCCGGCGCCACAGACAACAAGGUGCUGGAGCGCCGGAGGAUACGCAGUCUUUACAGUGAGCCCAGCAGCAAAGACCCCAGCAAGGUGGAGAGACCCAGUGUGUCCCUCUCAAGACCAAAAAAGAUGACAAGCCAUAGCAAACCAGUGAACAAGGUAAAAGCCAAACAAGGCAGUGGCACCGAGCCUGCCAAGAAGAAACCGUCUGCGAGCAGCCAGUCUGCUAAGAAGAAACCCUCCGUGACCAGCCUGUCAGAGGGAGGGGUCACCAAGAAAAGUAAAGAAAUUAUAAACAGACUAGCUGAGGCAAAAGAUUAAGUGCACUUUUGUGUGGAUUUAGGUGUGUGUGUGUGUAUGUGUGUGUGUGUGUGUGUGUGUGUGUGUGUGAGAGGGGGGUCCUGCAUUAUGGAUUAGGUGACUUUCAUUCCCUUAUACUUUACCCCAUUUGCUAGAGUCCAGUAGGUCACAUUUCCCAUGUUGUGUCUCUCGGGAUUUUAAAGUGUGAGUUGUGGAAUUGGGAUUUGUCAGCUGGCCUUGACGUGAAUGUGCUAUUACUGCACAAUCCAUAAAGGCUUCUCUCGUGUGUUUACGUCUGUCUCCAGUCCCUCCACACCAACCUUCCCCAGAGCAGAAAUGUCAAACAUGAGGCUUCUCUGUAUAGAGCCUCUGAGCAAUUAGUGCUCAGUACUUACAAAAGAUUCGUCUUGUAAAGACAGAAAUGUGUUUACACAACAAUGGGCUUUGACUACAUUUUUACAAACACUUAUUACACAUUACAUGGGUAUAGGUGUUUUUAAAUCACACAAGAUAUAUAUUCAUAUUUGUUUAAUUUCUAACACACGACAUUAAUUAAUGUUGUGUAUACACACCUGGCUCUGGCAAUUUAGUAUUUCUUGCCCAUAGUUCAACUCACUGAGUAAUUAAAGAAACAUGGCGUUUGUCUGGUAUAAGAUAAGUACACAAGCACCAAUAAAGCCAGAUUCAUUACAGCUAUUAGCUGUUAAAUAUGUUAUCAUAUUCACUUCCGGGAACAAUAAAAAUUAAUUGCCCAGUCAGUGGUUUUAUCACUGAGUCGCUGUUGACAACAUUAAUCAAUCAGGCCAAUAACACAUAAUCAAAAUAGUGUCCAUUAUUUACCACUGAUGUCAUAUAAUAUCCUUUUCAAUAUUGCCUUUUUGCAUACACAUACAUAAAACAUCGAUUAGACUUAUGAAGUAUAUACACGGCAGUUCAAACUUUUCAGCAGAAUGGAUGUAAGGCUUCAACAGCCUCUCUGUGUGUAUCUGUGUGCCUGUAGUUUUAGAAUGUUAAUCCCUUAAAACAUUUACAUGUUAAAUUCUUAAAAGGGUCAAUAUACAAAUGUAAUCUGAUAUCUGUUAUGCUAUGUAAUGAAAAAUAACUUUGCUCAUUUAAUCUUAAAGCUGCCUGCUGUCAUUAAAAUUAAGCUGUAUGGACGAAUGCUGCUAACCAUACUGCUGAGUUUGGUCUUUUGAGAGAAUGUGAGACGUACUGUUUGCUUGGUACCACAGAAGUGACUGGCACAUUCCUACUGGUGGAAGCAUGCUCAUUCCUGUCAGUCUGUAUGAGUGUACCUCUUUGUCAGUGGCUGUUCUGUCGUUAACCGUGCCAGCUAAGCCGUGAUGUGGGAGAGCUCCCCUCCACGUGCACCUGCAGCUGCUUGGUGUUCUGCACCUCCUGGGUUCUUCUACCAGUGUGUGGUGCACAUUAUACUGGGUGCUGUGCACACUACACUACACCAGGUGCUAUCUCUGAGCUAUGCCGUCCCUUUGAGAAUAUAGUGCCUGUAUACAGAGCAACUUAGUGCCACCUGAUCCCCAACCAGAAUGCGUCUGUAUGUGUGAUGUGGUCGUGGUGUCCGCUUGCUUUGGAUGAAAUAAUUAAAACCGUUUAAGCGAUGCA